CCACACUGUUGAGUGACUGGCCUGAUGGUCUAGUGGUAUGAUUCUUGCUUUGGGUUUAAUGCGCAACUGCAAGAGGUCCCGGGUUCAAUCCCCGGUCAGGCCCCAGCUUUUUUGCCUUUGUUUGUCUUUUUGCUACCAAUGAGUUAAAUCGCAUACUAUGAAGCUGUCUCCAACGUCAUUUUUGUUAUUAGGUCACUCUUGCGCCCCCAGUGGUCCGCCUGGGCGUAAAAAGCUUGUUGCACCGAAUACUGGCGGUCGAUGGAGUGGGGGCGCCUGUAGAGCAACUGAUACGCAUCAGGUGGCGAUCACCAGACCGCGAACACACCACAACCAAUGCACGAGGUAACAGCUCUGGACGGGUUCCUACAUGUUCUUCGAAGAAGCAAAUUAGCGUAUCGACGGAUGAUGAAUAGCGACCCCAAUAACGUCGGAAUGACAACCUUAGCAUCUUCACUGUCUUGAUUUCUUUGUAUUUUGCUAUUGUCCCUCGCGCCACAACACUAGGAUGACCUCGCCACUAUCUCGUAAGCCUUACAAGGAAGCACGCAAAACGGUCUCGCAUUUCAUCGUAGGUGGCGCUCCUCGUGCACACCAUCGAUGUCAUUGAACGCUGUUCUUGUUCCGCCAGUCCUAAUAGCACAUCAGCUGAUGGCUCGCCAUUGGGGCUAUCCCAUUAGCGAGGCGUAGCGCUAGUACUGCUACUGCAUUGGGUAAAUGAAACACCAGCGAUCGAUGGGUAUGGUAGCAUUAGAGUUCCGCUAGACUAGAACCCUUGCUUGUGCACUGCCGUGAGCUGUCGUCCAGUAGACUGCCCACGACGAGAGGGCGCUGUCGCUGAUUUAAUUACUGGCGAUCUGCACCUUUGUUUUUGGUCAUUUUUCUGCUCUUCUCCCUGCACUCUGGUUUGGCAACCAUCUCUUGCGUAAUUUCAAGAAAACUACAGCAAAGAACUAUUCAUCGUCAACUUCGUACACGUCAAUAUCGUCAAAUAUUCAUCAUGGGUGGCUCUCCUCUCGAUAACAUUCAGGAGUUGAAGAACAAGGUCUUGAACCUCGUCAAGAGCAAACUCAACAAGAUUUUGGGCAAGUCUGAGGAAAAACCUGCCGAGGGUGCCGCCGCCACUGAGACUGCCCCUGAAGCUGCCGUUGCUGCGGACGCUCCCGCUGCUGAGGCUGCUCCUGGUAAGCUACUCUGACUUCAUAGCUUGCUCAUCUAUCUAACCAAAUAAAGCUGUCGCAGAGCCUGUCACCACUGACGCUGUUGAACCCGAAACUACAGCUCCCGCUCCCGCUCCCGCCCCCGUUGCUGCCUAGACACCAAAUAUGAUAAUUGUCACGGCGUCUGAGGGGGCCAUAAUGCUUCACGUUGCGUAGGAGAAGAUCUGUAAUGGCAGUUGUGCGCAAUCAUUGCUGGAUACCCGAUUCGUUUUCGUUUUGUUGAUUUUAGGUAGCAAUAGUCUCUUGUUCACGUCAAGGCAAUGUUUCUAUUUGGCCCAUGGUGCUUUUGUUGGACCGUCUCCUAAGUUGCCCCCUUCACUUGGCCGAAUACUAGAACCUGCAGCAGUACCUACACCAGGAGGUGGCUGCAUACGCGCUGUAGGCGCCCAGGAAGACCCUGUGCCAGAUGGCGUAGCAUAGGCCGUAGUAUUAGUUGGCGUAACACCCUGCGUGCUCUCACUUAUUUGAUGACGCUGGGGAGCCUCUGGAUCUUUAUCCCAAGAGAAGAGUAGUCCAAAUGGGAAGUGCUGAACCACUGGGAACUUCGAUAGCACCUCAGCGUUGUACAUUUUGAUCAUGCCCUUGUUGAUCUUGCCCCAGCCAUCUUUUACCCCAGAAAUGUCAAAAAGCAUCGGGCUAUGCUCCCAGAAGGGCCCUUUCUUAAUGUCGUUAAUGAAGCCAAUGGCAGAAAAAUACAUGUUCGUUUGGCGCUCGUCCUCUACAACCAUCUCCUUAGUGAUGUCCCCGGGUUUUGGAGCACCUCGAACAGAGCCUUCUAACGGCAUGGGCUCAUCAUCAUGGAUUGGGCGCGUUAAUUGGGCUGAUCCAAAGAUAUACGGUGCAAAGGAGUGGUCAUCAAGACCCCAGACACCAUGGGUUCCUGCUGGUUCUAG